AUGUCGCCAAGAUGCAAGUGGCCAUGUUUCCUGGUGGCUGCUGCAGCCAGCUCUCCACCUGCUUUAAAUUUGGUUGGCUUCCGACGGCCGCAGGAGUGUUGGAGCGCAGAGUUUACUUCUACCCGCUGCUGCAGCUCGGCAGAGAGCGAGUGCUGGUUGAACUAUCCCGGUGGCUUCGAGGCUUGCUGCCUUUUCAAGAAGCUCCCCGGCGAGGACGUGUCCCUGGAGCUUGGUGCCACGACCAUUGGCCUGGGUAAAGGUGGCUAUGCUUACCGCCAGGAGGGGCCUUUUCAGGAGGAGCUUCGGCGAUCAUACGGUCUGCCUUGGCCUGUCAAUGAGCACCUUGUCCAAGCAGUGUCUGCCACGUGGGUGGCGGCGGGGCAGAACUCGGAGUGCCUGAGGUCCUGUCAAGGAGAGGCCGUAGUGAAGGCUCUGGAUGCCACCAAAGCCCUGUCGCUGCAACUACUGGAGGCGGCAGGCCGGGGGCUGGCGGACGUCUCGAUUCUGGCAAGAAGCGUUCUGCCCGGCUUCUCUGGUACCAUCAGCCCUGAUACCGCGAACUUCGCCGUCGACGACAGCUUGCUGGCCGCCAUGCUGGCGGCGGUGGAUCAUGCCAAGAGCUGCGAGACCCAACAUCGCUUGAGCGCUGCCCCUGGCCUGGGAGAUGUCGUGGCUAUCUUGCAGAGACACCACACACUCGUGUCGAAUUUGCUUCGGGAUACGGCUGCUCCCUACGUCCAUACCAGCUUCGACGCCCAUAUGGAGCUCAACGUCGAUCUUGAUCGGCUCUUCUGGACAUCGAAGCAGCUCACGAAGGCAGGCGUGGCUCUCAUUUCCAAGGUGGCGUUUCUCUGCAACGCGCCCAGUUAUGCGGAGUCUGGCAGGAUCCACGCCCCUGUCGCCUUCGAGGAGACUCACUGUUGUCGGUUUUUCCACCUGGUGGAGGGGGCCGCGGCCCACCGAUUCCUGACCUUGCAACGUCAGGUGCAAGUCGUUGAGCUGGGCGUGCGCUUCGGUUGGCUGAGUCAGUAUCUGCUGUCCAGGUAUGAGUGGAUUCGCCUGGUGGGCGUGGACUUGCUGGUAGAUCCAGACAGGUACUUGUUCGGAAAUGUGUCCGUUGCCCUGGAAGAAGUGAAGGGGCGACUCUUGCCGUUCGGCUCCCGCGUGCGCCUGAUGAUGCCGAUGAGCACCACAAGGGCCAGCCAGCUGCUGGCCAAAGAGGGUCUUUCUGUGGACCUCUUGGUGCUGGACGCCCGCUUCUCCCGCGAGGGCAUGCUGGAAGAUCUGCAGAAUUACCUUCCUCUUUUGGCACCCGGGGCCCGAGUCGUUGGGCGAUGGGGCCUGCAUCUGAUCGUCGAGUUGCAUGAGAAGGGCUCCUUCGCAGGCCGCAAGCUGCGAGAUCUGCGCAUCGGCUCCGUGUGGGAUGGCGCGAGCUUUUCCUUGGAAGUCGCAUGA